CAACAAGCGAGCGGUCUGCUUAGUCGGUUUGUUCGCAAAAUUUACAAAAAUAUUAUUUUUCUCGUAGUUUCCCGCGUUUUGUUAUAAUCCUAACGUGUAUAAGUUCCAGUUAUUGGCUUGUGUUAAUUAUAUAUUUAUUGAUCUACAUAGAAAUGCUUGGAGAAUCAACGUAAUCUAAGUGACAGAUGUUACGGUGAUAACUCGCGCCACUUUUGGAUAAAUUACCUCAUUUCGAUUGAAUAAAAUAUGGAAGAAAUCAAGGAUAACAUCGUCGAAAUGGAAUGUAACCAACUCGAGUCAGGUAACGAAGCAGUCCCCCAAGUCCCAAUAGUGGAUUCAGCAGGGGACGCGCCGGUAACUAAGGAAAAUACUGAUGACUCACAGAAUCUGUUCCCCGAUAGUCCUGUUUAUGAGCCCGAUGAUGAUAUUGUGACUGUCAGCAGUGCAACUGAAGACACCAAUGGUAUUUCAACUGAUGCGAAUGACGACCCUGUAACCUGUGCGCAGCCUAAAAGGAAACUGUCAGACGACCCUUCAGACAGUAGCGCGAAGAUCCAAAAACUAGAGCUAACUGACGAUGAAUUCGCCGUGUCCACCCAAACCUUGGACAAUGAGGUGUCGGAAAUCACCAGCGCCCCCAAACGCAAGCUCGAAGACCUUGAGCUGCCCUCCACCUCCCGCGUCCGAACCCCCCUUCGAUCAAGCCCUAGGAGACUCAAGCGCAGCAACAGCGCGGAAUUAUCCAAACCCAAAACACCAAAGACCCCAAAAUCCCGGCCAGCCAGUGUCGACAUCACCAAGUCCCGGAAAACACCCCGCAAAAUACAACCUGAGUUAGCCAAAGUGGAACCGAAACAAGUCCUAGUUAUCUCCGAUAGUUCGAGCUCUCGUCCCAGCAUAGAGUUCGUCUCAGAAAUACCUCCAUUGAAAAUUCCAGAAACGAUCGCUGAAGAUAAUUCGGAGCUAGACGACUCCCAAGGUUUCCAUCUAGAACUUUCCCCGUCAUUAGAAUCAGAUAAUGUGAACGAUAAACCAAAAACACCCAGUAAUAGCGACCCAGUGCUUGUUAGGAAUAGGACAGAAGAUAUUAAUCCUGGAAAAAUAACUGCACCUAGAAGUGAAGGAUAUAAGUACUCGGAUCAAGGCAACUUCUCUCAAAUCGUUCCGAAAGAUUACAAUAUAGGGAAAACUACGGACCAGGAAAGUACUGAUAGCGUUGGUUCACUAAACUUGGAGAGUCCAGAACCCAUGCCUACAAUGGCUUCGAAGUUAAUUUCGAAACUUUCCAACGGAAACUCGUCCACUCCAACCGAGGUUUUAGAUGGCAAGAUGACUAGUGCUGAAGAUAGCGACAGUACCCCUGAUAUGACGAAACUUAACGCUGGGAAGAACAAACGAGGGAAGAAUGAGUCCUUCAGAUCAAGUAACAACGCUACCCCGUCAACCAUAUCUCCUUUGGCAAAUGGGCAUUCUUUGCCAAUCAAUACGCCUCAAAUCCCAGUGUUUGACGUGCAUAUCAGUCAUAAUGAGGAUAACGAAUUUCUUUCCCUCUACGUUGUUCGAACAGACAACGAUCUCGGUAUGGACAUGUGUAGAGAAUACCAGAGAAUCUCCAAAAGGUUCACAAUUGACCCCUACUUAGGUGAUGUAUCAGUAAGUAACUCCCCUUCAAGUGUUACCAGCGGUGGAAUGAUAAACUUACCGAAUAGAACCUCUUUCGCGUCAACAGUCAGUUCGACAUCAACAUCCAGUAACCGAACCAGCGAUGGCAAUUUCGUAGUACCACAACCGCCGCGGAAAUCUAUUGCGAAUCCAACAACAUCUGUUAAGGGAUACGAAGCCUUAAUGAAGAAGCUACAAGACAUAUUCUCGCAUAUCAGGGAGACUUCGGUCGAUGAAGGACUGAGUGACGAUAAAGUUUCUGUAGGCAUCCAAACAUCGGUUUCUAAUGACAGUACUAUGAGCAAUGGGAAUGCGAGUCCGGAAGAAGUUAGCAAAUGCGAUAAGGCGACUCCAAAAAGCUCGUUAAAGAAAACUCGAGUUAGGGGUCGACGGCACAUAGCCGGGAAGACUAAACGAGCGUUAUUGCCAACCCAACCUGAAGAACCAGAAUACAUGCACGGAAUGAAUUCUCCCGAAAUGGUGCCAACUAACGGUGAAAAUGGGAAAGAAUCUCCCGUGAAGUCACCUAAAGAUGAGAAACCUUUAUCGUCUUUGGUUGCUACGCCGAAAUCUUUGAGCAAAUUGAAGGCGAAACGGCGUCCGACUUCGCCUAGACCAGCUACACCGGUAGAGAAAGCAGUUGUCAAGCCUGAGUACCCAGGGUAUGCCCCUGAUACAGUUGUACUAGCCAAAUGGGUGGAUAAAAGAUACUAUUCUGGCAAAGUUUUAGAGAUUACCGAGCCUAAUAAAUACCUGAUCAAAUUCGACGAUGGUCAAAGUAAGGUUUUGUUAGAUGAUUUUAUCAUCUUCGGUGAUAUGAAGACCUUGCCUUUAGAAGGCCAGUCGGUGUAUGCUAUGGUUGAUGAAGAACAGAACUAUGAGCCUGGGUUGGUGUUGGGAGUUGAAGAAAAUGAUUGUGGGACUGUCACUUAUAAAUGUACUACUGAUGGCGAUACCCUGGUAAUGGUGACGGCUAGCGAGCUUUACCUGACGGAAGACCAGGCGCGGUCUCUCAAGGAGUCAGCUCGCACUCGAUCACCGUCAGCGCCGGCAACUCCGCGUCGCAGGCACAACAGGGAACUGGACCUUGAUAAUAUUAUACAGGGUCCCCGCAGUGCCCGCAGCCGCGACAAGGGCAGCUCGAGUGCGCGGAAACGUGUCGCCUCGCCCAAGAGUCCUAAAGCUUCCACAUCGGGCAUCUCAGGGUCCAAAGCCAAGAGCACCCCUCUGGCCCGCAAGCGGCUGGGCAGCGAGAGCAGCUCGGUGAGCGAGAGCAGCAACUCCGCGCCGCCCGCCCGCCUGGAGGAGGUGGCCGGCGUCGAGCCCGAGGUGCAGCGGACGCCCAGGAAGAUCGACGGCGUUAAAGCGGGUCCUCUCCAACUGAAAGGCGCUGCCAAACACACAAUAGGCAAGAAGAACUCCAAACUGACUAAAUUCGAGAACGACGAAGAUACAGUCUCUAAGCUCGGGCCGAUACCUGAGGCGGAUAGCAAACUGUUCGCCGGACUGCACUUCUUGCUCACUUGCACCGAAAUGCCGAGGCGGACCAGAACUACCACUGAUAAGGCAACUCAAAGCCACGACACUCGCCACUACUCUUCUGAAGAGGAUGGAGAGACCACCUCAUCAGUAGCGGGUACUGACACUGAAGACCUGGAGUUCUGUGACCGACCCUUCAACAAGGAACGCUUGAAGGAACAGCUCGAAGCUGGCGGAGGAACUGUCUAUAGCCACUUCGACGACGUACCAAAAAACAAAUAUGCGGUCUGCAAACUAAUCGCUCCUCGUCCCUGCCUAACUGCCAAGUACAUACAAUGCUUGGCCGCCGACAUACGUUCCGUUUCACACGGCUGGGUCAUCAUGAGCUGCAUAGACAACACUCUGCGUGAUGUCGACUCUUUUGCUCUGCCUGCCGGCUGGAGUAUUCUGAAACAGAGGUUUAUUAACUGGGUACCACAAUCAGGCAGACGGAACGCGACAUUCUUCAAAGACAAGAUCAUCCUCCUGUGCGGCGACCAGGACACGUUCGUCAAAUUCUGGGAACGUGUGUGCACCCUCGCCGGGGCGACCACACGCGUCGUCAACGAGGACGACCUCAACAUGGCCGGGGCUCUAGCACUCGUCACCGAGUGGGACUGUCCACAUGAAGUACAAAACAAAGCGAAUCAAGAUAAUAUCCCUCUUGUGUCUACUACCUGGGUGGUACAGUCCCUGAUUGAGGCCCGUGUCAUCGUCCCCACCAGCCACGAAAAGUUCUCAUUUAUGUUCGCGGAGCCAGAAUGAUCCUGGGACUUUAAAAAGAUCCUCAUUAUACGUGAAAAUUGACACUUGAGGUGACGCGAUAGUGACGCUUAGUGAUAGUGAAGUGAAUUAAACAAAAAACUACUAAAUUACAGUGGUGUAUGCAGUGAGCGGUUGUCAAAUUCAAUAAAGUACAAAUUAUAUUGGUUAUAUAUUAGCUAAGCGUUACAGAAGCAUUGUAUAGUAUUGUCGAAUGUAAAGCUUACAAUUUAGAAGUUAUAUAGUAUGAAAGUUAUUCGCUUAGCUCCAGAUGUUCAUAUGUUGCUAUUUUUGUAAGCAAAAUUUAAUCAAAGAAAUAUUUUAUUCGCAACCUUGAGCCCUGCUUAUACCACUGGUUAGUGGGUUAUUAAAACAAAUGUGUAAGUGUUAAUGACUGCAAGAUGAAGCAGAUGAAGUGGACUCGGGAAUUUUUCUAAAAUGAAGGUCUUGGUGUUAAUAGUUUAUAAGGAAUGUGCAGUGACUCUAUAUAGUUAGUUAUAACUAAUAUCUUUGAAUAGAUUUCGUUCUCGAUAUAUAGGCUUAUAGUACUUUGGAACAAGGCAAAAAUAUCUGAGUAUUGUUGCUCAGGCAUUUUUACAUAAUGAAAGGUUAUAAUGCCAAAUGUAUAUCGCUAAGUAACCCUUUGAAUGCCAAUGCAUUCCUCAACUAAGCAUUAGUCCUGAGGCAAAAGCAGCGCCAGUCAAUGGGUUAAUCUAAGCGUAUGAAGAUAAAUAAAUUCUUUAAGUACUUCGUAAAAGUUGAUAUUGCGACUGAUUUCUAAACUUAUAUAUAAAUAUCUAAUACAAAAUAUUUACUUUCUACUUAAUGUGUAUAAUAUCGUCAAUCUACAGUUAUUUCUGACUGGAAAAGUGUUUUCGUUUAAAAAUGUUGUUUCCACAUCUUACAUUAUAAUAAAUAUUUCAUGUAUAGAGAUAAAGUUAUUCUGUAAAAAUGGAAUGUAGCCAAAAUUGUUGCAAAUUCGGGUAUUUAUAAUAACACUAAAAAGUUCAAAGACUUUCUGACUUUAAAAGAAUGAUAAUAUAGGUAGCUAAGGCUAAGUAUGUCUUAUAGAAUUUAAAUUGGUAUUCAAUUGUAUAUGGUCUCAUUUAGUUGUAAGGGUUUAUAUAAAACUGUCAUUUCUGUGAAUAUAGUAUUGAUAAAGUCAUCAAUUAAAAUUGUAGUCGGUUUAAAAUCGAUGUUUAGCCAAAGUGAGCUAAUAUUACGUUUGAAUAACUAUCGUGAACAAUAUAAUAAGGAUCAUGUCUUUUGUUAUUUAUUUUUAAUUAUUUUUUUGUUUAACUUUGUAAACUCAGUAACUUCGUAAAAGUAUCGUAUUAAAAACUUUUAUGUGGUAAAGACUAGCAAAGUAUGUCAUUAAAAUCAUUGCAAUUAUAAUUACCUUUUUCUUAAUUUUUGAUAAAAAUUGACAUUUGUUCCUUUUAUUUUUAGAAUUAUGAUUGAUUUUUUUUGUUUGACUUAAAAAAAUGUAUAGGGCGUCACAAAAUUAGAAAUUAAGAUUGCUCUAUAAAAUAAUGGCCGCUUAUUUCUUAUUUAAAUUGAAAUUCUGUUCAUUAAUUUUAUCAAUUUUCUCAUUAGAUAUUUGAUGUCGUUCAAAUAUAGCUUGGGUAAAAUUUGAUUGUGUGCAAGUAGUGUGAGAUCUUAUCAAACAACGUAGAAGACCUUGGAAUACAGAUGAACUGAAAGUAUCUAUCCACAUUAGUACCAUGAAAUGAGAUUGUAAGAUACCCCUUCAAUUUAACCAUUUUGUAAUUUUAAAAAAUUACCAGCAUUCCAUUCAAAUAAAUCAUUCCCCAUUUUUCAACACUAAAUUAGUUACCAAGCGAAAUAUUCAAUGCACAUAAUAAAAUUUUAUCUAAUCCCUUUAUGUAUAUCUGGUAAAUAUGGUAAGAUAUAUUAAGGGUCGGUACAGUUCGCGCCAAACUCAAUGGCGGCUUGGCUUGCCUCCCGUUGAUACCCAAAAAUGGUUUCUCACAGACUCGCGCGAUGUUCAGAGCACUCAUAAAGUAAGGCCAGCCUUAUACUUGUAAGUUUUGCUCACGUAACUAACUUACGAUACAUUUACAAAUGUAAAACCUCUUUGUAACUCGCUUACAGUAACUUCUUAGAACUUCUCACAACUUAUUGAAUUUACUAAGUCAUUUUUGUGGAGGCAACUUACAAGUAAAAAGGCGGUGUUGUAUUCCAUGUAUUUCAUUUCUUUCAAUGUUGAAAAUGCUAAAUAUGUACACAAAUUCGAAUUCUGGCUAUGAAUGAGAUUAUAUGAAAAGAUCUAGUGUUUGAGUAGGCAAGUAUAAAUCUAGUAUAAAUCUGAUGUACUAUAUAUAACACUUGCAAAACUUAUGGGAAAGUAGCCUUUAUUUCUAAGGAAAUUAGGCUUUCUUUUGCAUAUAUUUGUUAUCAACUAUUAAUUAAUUGAUCUUGAAGUACAUGGUGUAUAUUUUAAUGUAUUAACAAAAAAUCGAUGAUAAUUUCACUUGUUAAUGAUCUCUGCGACAGGGGAGCAAUUCGUAUGAAUGGUCGUUGUAAAAUUAAGGAAAAUACUGGAAUUAUGUAGUAAAUAAAUGUUGAAAAUUUAACAUAAUUCAAUCUGACGUUGUACAUAUAGUAUUUGUGUUCUUUUUUCUAAUAUGGAGCACACACUAGUUCUUCAUUUUUGACAGCUAUUAAAAUUAUUAUAUCAUGGUGUUAUUAAUAAUAAGUCUAAGGCUGUACAUGCGAAUGUUUCGAGUGUAAUUUAAUGUUUAAAUACUUACAUACCUACAGAAUACAGAUUGAAUAUACAUAACGCCCUCAUUUUGGGCUUUAAUAUAUCAGUAUCUGUAUUUUGCCAAAUAUUAUCCGCAAAUUACGCGGUUAGUCAAAUUAAUUUGCUCUACAUGUUAGAAAUAUGCAAUCAAUAUAACCAUAAAUAUCCAUAGACUAGAUAACAUAUACGGACUUCGUGGUCCGAACUUGCCAAAAUCCUAUACAUUUAUGUUUACAAUCUUUUAAGAAACUUAAAUGUAAUAUGUAGCAUACAGAAUAAAUAAAUCUUGUACAUAAACUUCUAUAAUCUGGAUGUACAUAAUAUAAGAUUUUGAAUGUUUUUGAAUUAAUAAGUCUUACAUACAAUAUAGAAAAUAUUCCUACAGUGUGAGUGUGACUGGCCGAUAUUUGAAAGUGCUAAAAAUAUGUCUCUAGAUGAAGAACAAAGGGCUAGUGUGUGCCAAUCAAAAUUAAUUUAAAAUGUCUUCAAGUGACCUUUAGAUUAUAAGUGCAUUUUUUUAUCAGAUUUUUUUAUAUACUUACUGUACAUUUGUGGCGUCGUAUUGUGUUGCAUUUCUUUUUGAUGUUUGUUUUUUUUUGUUAUUCUGUCAUUGUAUCUUCGUUGUUAAGGAGUCAGAUAGGCAUGUAAUGUGUAAACUAUGAAUAAAAUGAUAGAAGUAA